AUGUCUUCCGGGGGUCGGGUUGGCAAGGAUUCCCCAUAUAUGCCUCGGGGUUGCGAUAUGCAGUGGUUCAGCACGCUGGAAGCAUGUGAGAUCCUCGGACGGUACUCUCAAGUUAUCCUCGUAGGCGAUUCUAUGCUGAGACACGUCAUCGGGGCGCUGAAUAUCUUGAUUCGAGAGGAUUUGGGGUAUGGCGGAGUCACGGAUUGGAAUUUCGACGCCGAGGAAAAACGCAAGUGCUUCUGCCAUAACCAAUUCGACGUUCACGACUGUUCCGUCCAAGGCAUUUUCAGUACAUCGGAUGUUCUUGAGCAUGACCCUCUAAGCCUGUUGUGCCCGAAAAUGAUCCCGGAAUGGAACACGGAUUUGCGGAUUGAGCAAAUGGUGCGAUACCCUAUCCCCGAGGAAGAGCGCCGACGGUUUGAGAAGGCAAUUGAUCCGAACCCUUCUCAACCGAAAGCCUUCAUCUUGGGUCACGGGUUAUGGAAUAAUCUGGACGUGGACCAAGCCGCGAACUGGUUGGAUUUGGUGCUCGACACAAUUGAGUCGAAAACCGGAGCACGCAUGCGACUACGGGGCCGUAGCCCAAGGAAAAAUCUACCGAUCCUGCUGAUGACGCCGAACGCAGCGGGAGAGGCAAAGCCGGAUGAGUGGAUCGUUAGUCAGGGAAACAAAGCCCUGAUCCGGUUCGAGCACGCGAUGGCAGUUCAAGCCGCCAAGAGGCGAGUAGACCACCUCGGGACGUGGAAUAUGAGCAUUCAAGCGACUCUAUACGACGGCGUGCAUAUGGACAUGCGAGGAAACCUCCUAAAGGCUAUGAUGGUAUUGAACUGGUUGAACUUAUUGGACGCUUGA